AUGGGCUGUGCUCCUAGUAUCCACGUCUCUCAAAGUGGAGUGAUUUACUGCAGAGAUUCAGAUGAAUCAAACUCUCCACAUCAGACCACCACCAUCUCCCAAGGUGCAGCAACAGUCCAUGGCUUCUUCAUCAAGACAGACGCUGCUGAAUCGCUGCCCUCUGUGCUGGCAUACCAGAGUCGGGCAACACGUACUUCCUCACGUCGAGAGAAGAAGGAAAACAGCAACUGCACUGAAGCUGAGACCCAAACCAGCCACACCAGUGUUAAGGUUGCAUCGACAGAAGUACACUUUGGACCAAUGAGGCUGAUGCAAGAUCCUUUUCAGGUUCUAUUGGUCUUUGCUAAAGAGGACAGCCAGAGUGAUGGCUUUUGGUGGGCUUGUGAUAAAGCUGGGUACAAGUGCAACAUCGCACGGACACCGGAGUCUGCACUGGAAUCCUUUCUGGAUAAACAUCAUGAAAUUAUAAUUAUUGACAACAGGCAUGCCAAAUACUUUGAUGCAGAAACACUUUGCAGGUCAAUUCGAGCCACAAACCCUGGAGAAACCACAGUGAUGCUGGUUGUAGUUCACCAGUUGUGUAACAAUCAAGAGGAGAGUUCAGUCUUGCCCCUUCUUAAUGCAGGUUUCAACAGGCGGUACAUAGAGAACCCCAAUGUAACUGCGUGCUACAAUGAACUAAUUCAGUUAGAGCAUGGAGAGGUGCGGUCACAAUUCAAACUACGGGCUUGCAGUUCCAUAUUCACAGCCCUAGAACACUGUCAAGAGGCAAUAGAAAUUACCAGUGAGGACCAUGUCAUCCAGUAUGUGAAUCCAGCAUUUGAGCAUAUGAUGGGUUAUCAUAAAGGGGAGCUGAUUGGCAAAGAACUUACUGAACUACCCAAAAGUGACAAAAAUAAAGCAGAUCUUCUUGAUACAAUAAACACAUGUAUCAAGAAAGGAAAGGAAUGGCAAGGAAUUUACUAUGCAAGGCAAAAAGCAGGAGAUAGUAUACAGCAAGAUGUAACAAUAACACCUGUGAUAGGCCAGGGAGGGAAAAUUAGGCACUUUGUGUCCAUCAAGAAAUUGUGCAGUGACAACAAUAAGCAGAUCCAUAAUAUGCACAGUGAGGACAAAUAUAUGGAAGAAAAUUCUCAAUCAGAUUCACAGUCAUUUAGACAUAAAGAUAGGCGGAAAGGUUCCAUUGAUGUCAGAUCAAUAACAUCAAGAAGAAGUGAUGGCAGUUCAUUCAACCGACGGCAUUCUUCAAUGGCAAGGAUUCAUUCCAUGACAAUCGAAGCUCCAAUCACAAAGGUCAUCAAUAUAAUCAACACUGCCCAAGAGAACAGUCCAGUAAGAGUUGCUGAAGCUUUGGACAGGGUUCUGGAAAUAUUAAGAACAACUGAGCUCUACUCACCACAGCUCGGCACCAAAGAUGAUGAUCCCCAUGCCAAUAAUCUUGUUGGAGGUCUCAUGACUGAUGGAUUAAGAAGAAUGUCUGGCAAUGAAUACAUUUUCUCUAAAACUUACCGGCAAACUGAGAAGUCAGAGGUACCACUAUGGACGUCUCUUGAUGGACAAAUUGAAGAAGAACCAGACCUGCAACAAAGUCACAGCCAUCUUGCCAUUCCAGUCACCCUUAGUGAUGCGCCACCUCAUGUAGCAGAAUUGCUUGAUAAUGAAGAAAGCUGGGACUUUAAUAUUUUUGAGCUUGAGACUAUAACUAACAAAAGGCCAUUGCUCUACCUUGGUUUAAAAAUCUUAAUGCAGUUUGGAAUAUGUGAAAUUUUAAACUGUUCAGAAAAGACUCUAAGAUCAUGGCUGCAGCUCAUAGAGACCAAUUAUCAUGCAUCAAAUUCAUACCACAAUUCAACACAUGCAGCAGAUGUAUUGCACGCCACAGCAUAUUUCCUGCGAAAGGAUCGAGUCAAGGGGAGUUUGGAUGAGUUGGAUGAGGUUGCAGCGCUCAUUGCAGCCACAGUGCAUGAUGUGGACCAUCCAGGGCGCACCAACUCCUUCCUGUGUAAUGCAGGAAGUGAGUUAGCAGUACUGUACAACGACACGGCAGUUCUGGAAAGUCACCAUGCAGCCCUGGCUUUCCAACUUACAUCUGGAGAUGACAAGUGCAACAUCUUCAAGAACAUUGAAAGGAAUCAAUUUCGAACGUUGCGACAAGUGAUCAUUGACAUGGUUUUGGCGACAGAGAUGACAAAGCAUUUUGAACAUGUGAACAAAUUUGUGAACAGCAUCAACAAACCUAUGACUUCUAUUGAGGAAACCAGCUCAAAUAGUGAAUGCAGUGAUGGUGAAUAUCUGUCCAGUAUAAAGAACUCAAUUGAGGACAGACUGCUCAUUAAACGCAUGUUGAUUAAAUGCGCUGAUGUCGCUAACCCUUGCCGCUCCGUGAAGUUAUGUGUCGAAUGGGCAGGGAGAAUUUCAGAAGAAUAUUUUGCUCAGACAGAUGAGGAGAAACACCAAGGUCUGCCAGUUGUGAUGCCAGUCUUUGAUCGGAAUACCUGUAGUAUUCCAAAAUCUCAAAUAUCGUUUAUCGAUUAUUUUAUAAAUGACAUGUUUGAUGCUUGGGAUGCAUUUGCAAACCUCCCUAAAUUAAUACAGCACUUAGCUGAGAAUUACAAGUACUGGAAGACUCUCGACGAAUGCAAGUGUAAAGGUCUGCGACUUCCACCUGACCUUUAAAAGAAAAAAGGUGCAAGGACAACAUGUUUGUUUGCCAACCUCACUUUAACUCAUGACUCAAGCAAAGCCAUUAAGAGAUUCUAUUUUAGUUCAAGUGACUGUAAAUUUGUAAUGUAAUAUAAAUCCUAUACAAUGCAGGACGACUUGAUGUACAGCGUGCAGGAAAUUAUGUUGAAUUUUCAUUGGUGUCCCAAUUACAAACCAAAUAGCACACAACUCUUGAGUUUCGACACUGACUUUGUCAUGUUCAAGUAAAUUUUAGUACCAUUCCUGAGGAAUAUCACAGAGUAAGGAAAAGAACAGGUACAUCUUUGUUGAGAGAAGGCACAAUGAGAGUACUGGUUCUGCAAUUAUUAUCCUAAAACCAUAUAUGUAAGUAAGCCUUUCAUUUCCUACAGAGUUCUUUCUUCAAAGUUUUAGAUACUUGGAAGAACUAGGGGCAAUAUUCUAACUACAUUCACCAAUUUGUCAUCGUUUUAAUAAAUGACAGUUGGGGCAUUAAGGCAGCUCUGGGCAGUAGUAGGUUUCACUAACUCUAUAAAUACUUAACACGGAAAUAAAUCUUUUCUCCUGGCGAAAAAUAAAAAUCAGCUCAACAAAUUAUUGUGAGAGUGAGAUCCCUUAAUUUAUGUCACACUGAUAUAUUCUGAUUUGAUAUUUAAAGUUACACUUUGCCAAGGCCUUACUUAAUCUGUGCCAAAAUCCUGAAGUCAAUAUAACGGCAAUCAAUUUAUUUUUCGAAAUGUGAUUGAAUGUACCAAGUAAAUUAUUUCUGCAUUCCAUGCUGAUCUAUGUGGAAAUAUGCGCUAACACUUGUGGGUUUCACCUACAUUAGUGUUCUGACCAAUAUGUGUAACAACCCCAACACAGCUGCCCUAUAUUAAUGAAGUAUUCUGAAUAAAGUCACAAGGUAGUUAAGAAUGAGGUGGGCCAUUUCUUUCAUCUUAGCACAUUCAUCCAGGUGUAUCCUAAUGUCCCCCUAUUGCAUUAUCUAUAUUGUUUCUUAAAUGAUUCCUGGGUUUUUGCCUCCACUAUUCUAUGAAGGUGGAGAUCUUGUGACGCAGUGGGUAGCAUCAC